AUGGCGAAAAUUAAGAAGAAGGGCACCUCCGGCCAGGCCAAAAACUAUAUCACUCGUACUCAGGCCGUGCGAAAGCUUCAGAUUUCUCUGCCGGAUUUUCGUCGACUAUGCAUCUUCAAGGGCAUCUAUCCCCGUGAGCCUCGUAACAAGAAGAAGGCCUCGAAAACGUCCACUCCGAACACCACCUUUUACUACACGAAGGAUAUCCAAUACUUGCUUCAUGAGCCCUUGCUUCGGAAGUUCCGUGACCAAAAGGCCGUUGCGAAAAAGAUUGCCCGCUCCCUUGGCCGUGGAGAAGUCGGCGACGCCUCUCGCCUUGAGAAGAACCAUGCGCCCAAGCUUACCUUGGACCACAUCAUCAAAGAGCGUUAUCCGACCUUCAUUGAUGCCCUGAGGGAUCUCGACGAUGCCUUGUCUCUUCUUUUCCUUUUCGCCAACCUUCCUUCUACCUCCCACGUUCCUCCCAAGACCAUCGCCCUCUGCCAGCGCCUCUGCCACGAGUUCCAGCACUACUUGAUCACGACGAACUCUCUGCGCAAAUCCUUCCUCUCCAUCAAGGGUAUCUAUUAUCAGGCCACAAUCCAGGGACAAGAUAUUAUGUGGCUCGUGCCUUAUCGUUUCGUGCAGCGGGUCAAUGGUGAUGUCGACUACCGAAUUAUGGCUACUUUUGUGGAGUUCUACACAACCCUACUUGGAUUUGUCAACUUCCGCCUGUACUCAUCGAUUGGUUUGAGAUACCCGCCCAAGUUUGAUACCCGCAGCGAUGAGAAUGGAGCUGAACUUGCGGCCUUUACCCUUGAGGGUCGUGCUGUCGCAAACGCCGCCAAGACCAUUGAGGGAAGCAACAAGCAGAGCAACAAUUCCUCUAACCAAGAGGUCUCGCGCGACGUUCAAGCAAAGGUCGACAAAGUGAUCAAAACUGCUGGGUUGGACAAGACGAAGGAUGAGCAGACCGUGGAGGCCACGGACGAAAACACCGACGCGAUCGAUAGGUUCGAACCCGCAGCUCCGGAGGCGGAUACUCUGCCCCAGCCCGACAUCAGUGGUGAAGAGGCAGGCGCUCUGUUCGCGCCCUUCACCUUUUACAUCUCUCGUGAGGCUCCCAAGGCACCUUUGGAGUUCAUCCUUCGUGCUUUUGGAUGCAAGCGUAUCGGCUGGGAUGCUGUUAUGGGAGACGGCGCGUUCACCCACAACGAAGCAGACACCCGUAUCACCCACCAGAUUGUGGACCGUCCUAGCCUCCCUGAGGGGGCUCUGCCCGCUGUCCCUGCCGCCAAGGAGGGUGCGGUUCCCGCGGUGAGACCUGGUACCCGUAUCCCUGGUAGAACCUACAUUCAGCCCCAGUGGGUGUGGGACUGCAUCAACGAAGGAAAGCUUCUUCGCCCUGAUCUUUACGCCCCUGGCGAGACUCUGCCUCCUCACUUGAGUCCCUGGGUCAAGCCUUCCAAGGGCGCCUACGACCCCCGGGCUACUCUGGCUGAACAGGAGGAGGAAGGCGAGGCUGAAAUGGCCGGCGAGGAGGAAGAGGAAGAGAGCGACGAAGAAAUGGAGGAGGCCCCUGAGACGAAGAAGGCCGACGCCAAGGCUGACGAGUCCGAAUCCGAGGACGAAGACGAAUCUGUCGAUGGUGGCAUGGAUGUUGCUGAUAGCGAUGACGACGAAAGUGAGAGCGGACAAGAAGAGGAAGACUUUGGCGGCUUCGAUGAUAACGAAGCGGCCUCCGAGUCGGAGGAUGAGGAGGAAGCUGCUCGCACACAACACCAGAAGGAGCUCGAGGCCGAAGCCGCUGGUCUCCCCUUCUCAUCGAACGGUGCCACCGACGAUGCCAAGAAGAAGAAGUCCUCCCAAGCUAAGAAGAUUGCGGCUAAGAAGCGCAAGGAGGAAGAGGAACUCGAGCGACAGAAGAUGAUGAUGAGCCGGAAGAAGCGCAAGCUGCUGGAGAAGAUGAUGUACUCCAACAAGAAACAGUCGGAAGAAGCGGCCAAGUUGCGGUCCAAGCGCAGAAAGCUUGAGAAGACGGGCGAGAAAUAG